AUGGCAGCCAAGCAUCAUCCUGACCUGAUCAUGUGCCGCAAGCAGCCCGGGAUAGCCAUUGGCAGGCUAUGUGAAAAGUGCGACGGGAAGUGUCCCAUCUGUGACUCCUAUGUGAGGCCCUACACUCUCGUGAGGAUAUGUGAUGAGUGUAACUAUGGGAGCUACCAGGGUAGAUGCAUCAUUUGCGGAGGCACGGGAAUAUCGGAUGCAUACUACUGUAAAGAGUGUUGCCUGUGCGAGAAGGAUCGAGACGGGUGCCCGAAAAUUGUAAACCUGGGAAGCGCAAAGACGGACCUGUUUUACGAGAACAAGAAGUACGAGUUCAAGAGGCAGUAA